AUGGCUGACGCCGACGCAAAGGCAAAGGCUGAGAAGCUGGCUGCGGCCAGGAAGAAGGUGGAGGAGAUGAAGAAGAAGAAGGCGAAGAAAGCCGGAGGAACUUCUAAGAAAGAAAAGGAAGAGGCAGCAGCGACCGAACCCAGCGCUUCCAAGCCAGAUGAGCCCGAACCCGAGACCGAACCGACCACGCCGGCAGACCCCGCGAACGAAGACGAAAAGAAAGAGGAGCCAGAGUCGACGGAGGCCGUGACAGAGCAGCCUGCAUCCCCCACCGCAUCUCAGCCAUCGCUGGCCCAACAAUCAAAGCUCAGAUCAGCCUCCUUUAGGAAAGGCUCAGUAUCUACUGGUCCACUGUCGCCGGGCGCCCAAAACCCUGAGGGUGAAACUGCGACUGACAUCUAUCGAAAGCAUGUCGCUCGUAUAGAAGAGCUAGAGAAGGAGAACAAGCGUCUUGCGAAGGAGGCCACGGAUUCAGAAAAGAGAUGGAAGAAGGUCGAGGAGGAGCUGGCAGACCUCCGCGAGGCAGAAGGCGAGAGCAAGGGCUCAGACGGACAAGUCGAGAAGCUGAAAUCCGAGAUUGAAGCUCUCCAGCGCCAAAACUCACAGCUGCAGCAACAAGCCUCACGCUCCGGUGGUCGCCACGGCUCAUCGCCAUCUGUCUCCCUGUCAUCGCCGCCGGCUGAGCUCGAGGCGCAGCUAGCUUCAAAGACAUCAACCAUCGAGACGAUGGAAAUUGAGAUCUCCAAGUUGCGCGCCCAGGUCGACCGUCAGGCUAGCGGUACCUCUUCUGAACGCGAGCAGAUCGCUGCGCUGGAAGAGAAGCUUGCGCGCUCAGAGAAGGCCGCCAGCCAAGCCCAGCGCGAGCUCACUGACCUGCGCAAGAACCUCGAUCGCACCGCCGAGAAGGCUGUCCGUGAGGGCAGCGAGCGUACGAGUGCCGAGACGAAGCUCCGCAGUCUUGAACACGAGCUCGCAGAUGCCAUUGCCGCCCGCCUCGAUGCCGAGAAAAAGGCCGACGGCUUCGAGAAAAAGGUCACGACCCUGACGACGUUGCACAAGGAGCAGGACUCGCGGACUCAGACCCUGCGCAAGGAGAAGGAACGCGCGGAGAAGGAGGUGAGCGAGCUCAAGGCCCGUGUUGAGAGCCUCGAAAGCGAAAACACCAGGCUACGAAGCCGCAAGUCAGCAGAGGGCGGUGGCGGCCUGGAUGAUGAUGGUGUUGACGAGCUCGAAAACGAAGAGCGUCUCCGUCUUGAGAAGAAGGUGCGCGAUCUCGAGAGCGAGGUUCACGAGCUCCGCCGCGGUGUCUGGCAGGAGAAGCGCCGAGAGAUCGGUGGCCCUACGAGUCCUGGCUUUGAGAAUGUGGAUCUCAACAACAGUCGUGGAACAUCACCGUCCGCGCACAGGAAGCACCCAACUCACGGGGGCAUUGGAGAUUUUUUCCAGAGCGGCAUCAACGCGCUUACGGGCACGGGAGACGACGAGUUCUUGGACGACGACGACGUGGACUUUGACGAGGACGCAUUCCGUCGCGCGCAGGAGGAUGAUGCCAAGGCCCGCCUCGAGCGUAUCAAGGAGAUUAAGCGUACUCUCAAGAACUGGGAGGGCUGGAGACUGGAUCUUGUCGAGACCCGACGGGGUGGUUCUGAGGGUAUCGGCGAGGUAUUUGAAGUUUAA